AUGGACCGUCGCUUCACAUUCCGCAACGCAGAAGCAGCCGAUGAAAGGCUUGUACAAUUUAUGGUGGCGAAAGAGAGACUAGCUUCUCUUGCAGCCGCAAACAAACGCACCUAUAUAAAUCCGCUAUUCCUUGCGGUGUGGUUUGGACUGUCGUAUCUGUUCGUCGACUAUCUACAAUGGUGGCCUGACUUUCGCUACGGUGCUAUCGCCCUUUUGCGACCAGUGCCGGCGUUUGCGUCCAUCUUCAUGCCCCUCAUAUAUAUCGUUGACUGGCUAAAUCGACCGUCAUUCGAGCAGUUGGGCCGAGAAGCGGUGCAUGCUCCUGACGUACAAGACUUCGCCGCUUAUUAUGCUCGAAACCCAGCGAGUGGAUUCUGGAUUCUGAAAAUGGACGACUCGUUUGUUGGGCUCAUCGCUAUCGACGCGGCCGAUGCCAAAGCAACGAAGAUUGCGCGAAUUCGCCAUUUCUUUGUCCAGGACCCAUAUCCGUCCUCUGGCGUCCACAAAGACUUGCUGAAACAUGCGCUCAACCACUGUUUUGCGGCCUCUCAAGUAGAGCAGAUUGAGGCGACAGACAUUUCUUUGGCUUCUUACGCGAGCAAAGCGCUGAAGGAUGCGGGAUUUGUUCAGCAAAAGGAGUUGAAAACUGUGGGUUUGUUGAGGUGGAAGAUAACAUCAUACCCAAAAAUGUCUUUCAUCUACAAACCACAACGAAGUAAUCAGCCCUUCGUUCUGCUGCAGUCUUCUAUCGCCCAAUCUAGCUUGGGUAUUCUGAGGCAGAUCUUGGAAGACGGCACAGACAAUGCGAUCUUGUUCUGCUUGCUGUACUCGCCGUUGACUUCCAUCCAAAGGAGUGGUGUUGAAAUCCACGAUCUGGCCGGCAACGUGCCAGGUUACUCCCCAAACUACCAAGAUCCCAGAGAAACCAUUCUAGAAUCUGUAAAAAACGCUCCGUCGGGGCAACUGGACGUUAUCAUUGACUCGAUCGACACGCUCUGCUCCGAUAUUGGCUCUGUCUCGUUAACGUAUAAAUUACUCCGCGAAAUAUUGACUCUUGUUCGCGCGCGACCAGAUCCCUCGCGUUUAAUCGUUCAUGCAGUCGCCCCUUCGCCUCUCGUGGCUCUUAUUUGCCAACCAGCCUUCUCUCCAGCCCUCACACACGCUAUUUCCCACCCUCCAGCGCUCCUAAUCCAUCUCGCCACCGAAUACCUCACUCCACCGCCACCUCUCUCGCCCGACCCCAAAUUCUGGGGCAUUUUCCGACCCGUCAGCGAGCGGGUGGCUGACACGGAGCGCAUCGUCUUUGGUGCGAAUGGGGAGGGCUCAAGCAACAAUAACGACUUUGUCCUCGAAGUCAUAACCCGAGGCGAUGGCGAUCGCAGGCGUGGCGUCGAACGCACUAUUCAAGGCUGGUCACGCCUUCGCGGUGCACUACCUUUGGAAACACUACCCGCCUUAACAUCCUUGAUGUCCAAGACCACGAAUGAAACGGCCUCAGCCGAUCCAACCGAGAAUAUCUCCUUCAAUCUCAACCUCACCGUCUCUCAACAGAACUCCAAGGCUCGAGUACCUCUUCCAUACGCUCACCACGAAAAGUCUUCUCCAGCCAUAUACUAUGACCCUGACUCAGCCGACGACAUUGACGACGAUGACCCAGACGAGGACUUGGACAUUUAA